UUCAAGUAUCAACACAAUAAACCCCGGAAAAGGGAAGAGGAAGAAUUAUCUGAAAGUACAGAAUAGUUGAAAUAAUGUCGAGGAAAAUGCUUUUAAACAGUGUGAGGAUUUAAAGCGAACAUUAAUGAGUCGUUAUUAGUAUUGACAUGUUUCAGCUGAAGUAAAUCACACAGUAUGGGCGGCAAAGUCUGACAACAAAAUGCUGGAACGAUCCUAAAAUCCGUUUGUUAUGGUUUCUGAAGAUUUCUUUCCAGUUUGUUCAUCAACCAACUUUAAUUUUAGUUCUGCAGUUUGUCAGCCUGUUUGACUUUGUUUAAAUCUAAUCUGAACCUCUGCCCAGUCUCUCCUCCUCGGUCCAGUAAAAUGACAUGAUCUGAGGGUACUGUUUCCAGUCUCUGAUGACAAUGGCCAGAAUAGCCUGGUAUCAAGAGAAGAUCGGGGCCUAUGACCAGCAAGUCUGGGAAAAAUCCCUGGAGAAAGCAGAUUUAGGCGGUUUAGAGAGAAAACCAAAGAAGACCGGUUACAUCAAAUCUGACCUCAUUGAUGUUGACUUAGUAAGAGGAUCAACUUUCAGUAAAGCCAAACCGGAGAAUCAAUGGACGGCGCUGACUCGAAAAGGUCUGGUCAGAGUUCUGCUGUUCCCUUUCUUCUUCCAAUGGUGGAUCCAGGUGACCUCCAGGUCCAUCUCCUCAUGCAUCCUCGUGUUAUAUUUUCUGCAAGUGGCAGCGGUGCUGCUGUACCUGGAGGUCCCCCGGGCCAGUGCCAGCGAGGUGUUCGGGCCCAUGUGUCUCAUGCUGCUGCUGGGCACCGUUCACUGCCAGAUUGUUUCAACAGAGUCCAGCCGGUGGCCCUCAGGCAGUCCAGCUGCUAGCAGCAGCACCAGCCCUACACGCAGGAGGAGGCCAAGGAAGGGCAAAGGGUUGAAAAAAUCAGAAGAAAAGACUGACAGCGAGAACGCAGAGCAGCAGGGGCCCUGGCAGUUUGAAGAUAGCCAGCGAUUAUACAAGACCAUGGAGAGCCGGUGCAAAAGUCAAUCAGGAUUUGGAGCAUCUGAUGAGCUCUCUAGUGACGAAGGGGAAAGCGAGCAACCAGUGGAGGUAAUUCGAUCGUUACAUCAUCGCAAGGCACACCCAAAAUCGUCAUCUCCGUCAGUGUCUCCUGUUAGGAAGAGGAACAUAAAGUUCAGCCCCAAGCCCACAGCCGAUCCUCAGGAUCAGGAGGAGAGUGAGGGACCCACCGAAAUAAAGCCUCAUAAGAUCGAUCGACUCAGGCUGGGCUCUCGUCCCGCUUCUGACACGGACGACACGAUGUGGGAGGAGUUUCUGCAAGGCCCUGACUCCGCCUCCACGGGGAGCAGCGACUGUGAGGGGAACGGGAGGUUCCAGGCUGGGAUGAACCGUCCACAAAGCACAACAUCAGGCAGUGAUGAUGAAGGUUUACAGCAAGGAUUGACCAGUAGCCAGCUAAACUGGCUUCAAGCAUGCCACCCAUCCAAAGACCGUGUUAGCGCCAUAAUAUGGGAGCAGGGUGAGUGCAAGAAAGCAGACAUGUCGGUCCUGGAGAUCAGCGGGAUCAUUCUCACACGGGUAAAGAUGGUGGAACAGGGCAUGGGCUACCUUGUGCUCAGUGGUCUCAUGACGGCCACUCUGGCGCUGCUGCCCUUCGCCUUCCGCCUGGCUCAGCGUUUGGACAUGUCCGGCCUCAGCUCACUGUCCCUAAAGCAACUAGUCGAAAUCGCAUUGGGCAUGUGGGAUUACCGAGCUUACGCCUUUUUCUUCAUCACAACAGUUCUCAGAGUCUGCCUCAUAGGGCUCUUCUUCUUCAUGAUGUGUGUGGCUGAGAGAACCUACAAACAGAGACUCUUAUUUGCCAAGUACUUCAGCCAUCUCACCUCAGCUCGAAAGGCCAAGAAGUCCGAGAUCCCUCACUUCAGGCUGAAGAAAGUGCAAAACAUCAAGAUGUGGCUGGCGCUGCGCUCUUUCCUCAGGAGACGAGGACCGCAGCGCUCUGUAGAUGUCAUUGUCUCCACAAUCUUCCUCUUAGCACUUUCCAUUUCAUUCAUCAUUUGUGCUCAGCUUCUAAACAGUCACAAAACGUUCCUGGAGUCUUUAAUUAAUUGGGAGCUGGUGGUGUGGUGCUUCUCCCUCAUCCCCUUCCUGCUGCGGCUCGCCACGCUGGGCUCAGAGACCAACUCCAAAUACAGCAACUCCUCAGUGCUGCUCACUGAGCAGAUUAAUUUGUAUUUGAAGAUGGAGAAAAAGCCUAAUAAGAAAGAACAGCUCAGUAUAGUGAACAACGUCUUAAAACUGGCCACAAAGCUGAUGAAGGAGCUGGACACCCCCUUCAGGCUGCUGGGUCUGACCAUGAACCCUCUGAUCUACAACAUCACAAAGGUCAUCAUAUUGUCUGCUGUUUCUGCAGUCGUCAGUGAUCUGCUGGGCUUCAAUAUCAGACUGUGGAAAAUCAAGCCCUAAUGUGAAGAGGACAAGCCACUAACAGUCAGACACUGGAGUCCAGAAACACUCUCCGUCUCCUGCAGACGCCUUCUCUAAUGCAAAACGUGCUCAAACCUACUGACAGCGUUCAGUGCUGACUGUGCCUUCCACAUGAACCGUCGGCCAUUCAGAAGCCAGAGAUGCUCCGACAAUCACUCAUGCAACAUUUACUAGCUGCUCAGCUGAGGUGGCUUUAAAACUUUCCAUCAGCUCUGCCAUUAUGGAAGCACCUAACCUUUGACCUUCAAAUGUCCCUCUGGAAGUGGUUUAAUGUAGCAGCAAGCUGACGUUUGAGAUCAUUUCCGGCUUCUGAGGCACUCAAAUUUAUAUCUUAGUCUUUUACAGAUGUGUAGUCUAACAUGGUGUGUAAAUGCAGAUAUUAUCAUGUAAAUAGUUGUUUGUUUGUUUGUUUUUUAUUAAUCUUUUCUUAGGACAAGGAAAAUCAAAUACUUCUGCUGUCUCAAGCCAAGAUAUCACAUAUGAACUGACUUUUCAUAGUGUAUUUAACAGCUCUUUACCAUAGCUGUGCUUUAUUUAUUUGGGUUUCUGUUUUAAGCUCUUGGACUUCUUAUCUGUAAAUCUCUGACCCCUGUUUUCCACUUUUUAUCAAGAACCACUGUAAAAAAUAAAUAAAUAAAAAAGCAAUAAAUAAAAUCACAUAGUCUUUGA